AUGGAAUUAAGGAAAGUCAAUGGAGUCAAUAUUGUGCCUAAAAUGGAUGAGGUUUGUAUAAUUUGUGAGACCAUGGAACACCCUACAAAUGAACGUCCUACAAUUUCAGCUUUUAAAGAGGUGUUGCAUGAUCAAGCAAAUGCAAUGAACAUGGUGAAAAAAUCAUACCCUUCCCCCUAUUUAGAGACAUACAAUUUAGAGUGGAGGAAUCACCUAAAUUUUAGUUGGAGGAAUGAUAAUGUGGUUGCACCUCCUACACAUGUGAAUCAAAAUUUUAAAAUCCUUGAAGUACUUAAGCAAGUUAAAGUGAACAUUCCUCUUUUGGAUACCAUAAAACAAAUUUCAACAUAUGCUAAAAUUUUGAAAUAUUUGUGUACUAUUAAGCGUAAGCUUGAUGUACAUAAGAAGGCAUUUUUAACUGAACAAGUUAGUGUAAUCAUUCAAAACAAUAGACCUCCUAAGUUCAAAGAUCUAGGUUGUCCCAUUAUUUCAUGUGUGAUUGGUAAUUCAAAAAUAGAGAAAGCUUUGCUUGAUCUUGGGGCAAGUGUGAAUCUUUUGCCAUAUUCAGUGUAUGAGCAAUUAGGUCUAGGCGAGUUAAAACCCACUUCCAUAAUUUUACAACUUGUUGAUCGAUCUAUGAUUGUGCCAAAGGAAGUUGUUGAGGAUGUUUUGGUUCAAGUGGACAAAUUUUAUUUUCCUGUUGACUUUAUUAUUUUGGACAUGCAUCUUGUUUCUAAUGCUAAUUCUCAAAUAUCUGUGAUUUUAGGAUGCCCAUUUCUUGCAACUUCUAAUGCAUUGAUAAAUUGUAGAAAUGGAGUCUUAAAAUUAUCUUUUGGGAAUAUGACCCUUGAGUUUAAUAUUUUUUAUACUUGUAAGCAACCUAGGGAUGAAGAGGAUAUGAAUGAAGUUGAAUUAAUUGAAACACUUGUUCAAGAACAAUUCAACAAAACAUUCAAUUCAUGUGAUUUUAAUUUGGAUGAGAAUUCCGACAUUGCCUACAUUCACUGUCUUUUGGAAUCUGCACAGGAAUUGGAAGCGAGCAAUUGGAAAUUUAAAUAUGAGGAGUUGCCACCUCGUGAGAUAAAGUUGUUGCCAUCUAGUGAGCAAAUACCAAAAUUGGAGUUAAAGCCCUUGCUUGUUGAGCUCAAGUAUUCUUUUCUAGGAAUCGAUGAGACUUUUCCUGUGGUAAUAUCUUCUAAACCUGAUUCUUUGCAAGAAGGUAAGUUAUUAAAUGGUUUGAGAAGACAUAAGAGUGCCAUAGGAUGGAACAUAGCUAACAUUAAAGGAAUUAGCCCAUUGGUUUUCGAGUCUAAGAAAGGUGGCAAUGUCACUUUUGGUGAUGGGAGCAAAUCACAGAUUAAAAGAAAGGGAAUCAUCUCUUUACCUGGACUACUAGACAUUGCAAAUGUUCUAUAUGUCGAAGGCUUGAGAGUGAACCUGUUGAGCAUAAGUCAAAUAUGUGAUCAAGACUUUAUGGUACUAUUCUCAAAAGGGAAAUGCCUUGUCAUGGAUGAGUCUGGAAAGAAACUUAAAAGUGGUGUUCGCACUCUAGACAAUUGUUAUGGUUUGGUUCUUGAUGCCGAUAUUGUGUGCAAUAGCAUUCGUUUACCAAAUGAAGAUCUAUGGCACUAA